CUUCACUCAGUCACUCUCCCCUAGGCAGUUACCUCGUCCACUGCAAACAUCUGCUGCCAGCCAGGGCCCCUCCUCUCAGUCAGGAUGGCCCACACCCUCUUCCUCAGCUUCUCCCUCCUCCUGCUCGCUCUGCUCUCCCUGUGCGGCCCUGCGCAAGCAGAUCCUCGCCAGGCCACCUCGCCUCUGCGCAGGUCGCCACGUGCGCCUGCCGCCAAAGUGCGCCUGGCAGGCAACUUUGCUCGGGAGCCGCACGAGGGCCGCGUGGAAGUGCUGCACAACAACACGUGGGGCACCGUGUGUGACGACGAGGUGAACAUCAAGCUGGCCAACGUGGUGUGCCAAGAACUGGGCUUCCAGAGCGGCAUAACGUGGGCCCACAGCGCCAAGUACGGAGAAGGAGCAGGCCCAAUAUGGAUGGAUAAUGUUCGCUGUGAAGGCUCGGAGAAGUCCCUAAAGGACUGCAAACACAACGGCUGGGGUGUGAACGACUGUAAACACUCUGAAGAUUUAGGGGUAGUGUGCACCCCCGAGCGUAGGCUGAACCAGACGGCCAGUAGAGGCUACACUGCAGCCAUCAGGCCCAACGGCAGCCCCGCUCCUCAGUGGCAGGGACAAGUGACCACCCGCAGGCAUCCAGGAUACGGCUACUAUGGAAACGGACAUCCAUAUGAGGUCCCACGGUUCCAAAGACACCACCAGCACCAGGGUAAGGUGCGGAUUGAGGAGGUCCGUCUUCGUCCCAUCCUCAUGGCUACCAAGAGGAAGAACCUGAUCGUUGAGGGUGUGGUGGAAGUGAGGCAUGCUGGGAGAUGGAGGCAGGUCUGUGACCAGGGUUGGAGUCUCAACAGCAGCCGGGUUGUGUGCGGGAUGCUUGGCUUUCCAGAGGCUACGCAAUACAAUGUUAGAACAUACAAGAAAAUAUGGGAUACCAAGGUGGCAGAUCCUUCAACGAGAUUGAGCGUCAUGGCAAAGAAGAAGGGAUUCUGGGUAGAAAAGGUUCACUGUCUUGGUACCGAGAACACCUUAUCUGAGUGUCAUGCUCAGCUGUCAAUCCCCCGUAGUCCCAGUCCUUGUAAGAACGGCAGACAUGCAGUCGUCAAGUGUGUCCCUGGACCCCAGUUUGCUCGCAUCUCCUCAGGACGACCCCAGGCCCCUUAUCCGGUUGUGCCGGUGCGUCUGAAGGCGGGCCCCAGGCUGGGCGAGGGUCGCGUGGAGGUACUCCGGGAGGGUAAAUGGGGGACGAUCGUGGACCAUAUGUGGGAGCGCACUGCAGCCAGUGUGGUGUGCAGAGAACUGGGCUUUGGUUCGGCCAAGGACGCCCUGCAAGGAGCUUUCAUGGGCCAAGGUACCGGACCGAUUCAUAUGAACAGUGUCCAGUGUAUGGGCUCAGAACGCUCCAUCCUAGACUGCUACUUCCAGGAAGUCCAGCCAUGGACGUUCAAACAUAGCCAGGAUGCCUCAGUACGUUGCAACAUCCCUAAGACUGGCAUAGAGAACACGGUGCGGCUUGCUGGUGGUAGACUCCCAUCAGAGGGCCGUGUGGAGGUGUUGAUGGAGGUUGGUGGACGCAAGCGCUGGGGCUCCGUUUGUAGUGAGAACUGGGGCAUCAACGAGGCCAUGGUGGUGUGCAGACAGCUCGGCCUGGGCUUUGCUGCCAGUGCUCAUCAGGACACCUGGUACUGGACCGGUGACCCAAAUGCAGCUGAGUUGAUCCUCAGUGGAACUCACUGUGUGGGCACAGAACUUUCAAUUCAGCAUUGUCGUCGCAACAACCAUGUCCACUGUCCCCGCGGAGGUGGUGCUAAGGCUGCCGGGGUCAGCUGUUCGGAAACGGCACCUGACCUUGUUCUGGAUGCCCAGCUGGUCCAGGAGACAGCCUACUUGGAAGACAGACCUCUCCACCUGCUGACCUGUGCCAACGAGGAGAACUGUCUGUCCUCGUCUGCUGCCAGGAUGAACUGGCCUUAUGGACACCGACGCCUUCUACGCUUCUCUUCUCGCAUUAUGAACCUGGGUCGGUCUGAUUUCCGACCCAAAGCUACAAGAGAGAGCUGGACAUGGCACCAGUGUCACAGGCACUACCACAGCAUCGAGGUGUUCACACAUUAUGACCUGCUGACUCUGAAUGGCACGAGGGUUGCAGAGGGACACAAGGCCAGUUUCUGUCUGGAGGACACGUAUUGCCCCGAUGGAAUCCAGAAGCGGUUCUCUUGCUAUAACAUGGGUGACCAGGGCAUUUCAGUGGGCUGCUGGGAUACCUAUCGCCACGACAUCGACUGUCAGUGGAUUGAUGUGACGGAUGUACGGCCUGGAGACUACAUCUUUCAGGUGGAAGUCAACCCUUCGAUGGACAUGGCUGAGUCUGACUUCAUGAAUAACGUCAUGAGAUGUCGGUGCAAAUACGACGGCCACAGAGCUUACAUGUAUGGAUGUCAUGCAGGUGAUGCAUACAGUGCGGAGAUUGAAGACCUGUUUGAGCACCAGAGGCAAAUCACCAACAACUUUGUGUAGUCCAUCCGCGGGGCUCAGUACAGAGGCCUUCCAGCGGGGCCUGGAGACUACUCAGGGUGGGCUGAGGUCAAUGGGCCCUUGCCCUUGGGACCUUAGCACCCAAAGUAACAGAGAACACGCAAAAAUGGUGCCUGUUCACCUCCUUGGCAGACGUGGAUAUAAACAAAUAUUCAUAAGAGCAUCAUAUCACAGCAGCUACCAUCGCCGAGAAUCAACUCAAACAGCCAUUGACAAACAGAGUGGGACAGGAGCCGCAUGGCUCCACGUGUUUUUUACUCUAGUUAUGUAAGAAGCUAUAGGAUAUUGUUUAAACUAUACUGAUUUUUGUGAAAGUGGACUACUAGUAACUUAAGUUAGUUAUUCAAAAAUUAUACGCAUGAAAGACCUUAAUGUUGUUAUAACUAAUCUGUCACAAAGACAAUGGAUGACGUCAUUACACAAAAGAAGAAAAUCUGGCUUUUUUGUAAUUUGUUUACCCAAAUUCUUUACUUAUUUGAUCACUUGUAACUGCUCUUACAUUAUUUCAAUGUUGAAAAAUAUUACUGUAUGGUCCUAUAUAAACCUCACUACAUUUCAGGUGAACAGUGUUGUACGAUGCAUUCUGGGUAGUUCUCUUUUACAGUAGGUAUUUUAUUUUUGCUUUGAUUUGAACAAAAUCAUCGUUUUUGUAGAAGUGUAGUCACGCUUCUCAUCUAGAGUAGAUAAAGAGGUCAAAGGAUUUUUAUGGAACAAAGCACUUUAUCUUUUAAACAUCAGUAUUCCAGUUUUGGCUCCACAUUGUUUUCAUUCGCUUCCAAAUUAACUUUUUAAGGUGUUCAUCAAAGAAAAAUACUUUUUUGAAAAAUAAGAAAGUAAAAUAUAAGGUCUGUGUUUUCAUAUUUCUCAAAGUUUUCAUAUUCAAUGUACUAUUUAUGCUGUAUCUUUAUUUAUUCAUGGAGUUCACGCUCACACAGCAUGCUCAGAAACGAGUUUGUUAUUUUGCAUUUUAUUAACCAUACUGGAUAUUUUUUUGUUUUUAUUACAUUAUUAACCAGGGUAAAAAAAGUAAUUUUAAACAGUAGCUCCAGGAUAUAGUAUUGUUCCCAUGAUGCAGAUGAGAAUUUUCAUCUAAUUCUUAUUUUAGUGAUUAAAACAAAUAUAAGUGUGCAGAUUUUUCGCUCGCAGAAGGGAGGGGAAACCUUGCUGACAAAACCACAGUAUUGUGGUAGGCAGGCAGGCUGGGGUUUGAGAGCAUAUAAAAAGCCUUUUAAUUACGUCUGUUUGGGUUAGACUUAAGGUUACGGUUAAGGUUAGGGCUAUAGCAUGUGUUUUAUAAAGAAAUACUAUAGAAUUGUUACAUGUGGAAUUGCAUAAGGACAGAAUAUGGAUUUCUAUCUUAACUACUACAACUGAUUUCAAGAGAGAUUCUGAGAGAUUUAGGCCAUGAUGGAAAGAAAGGAUGAGAAAGUUAAGACAGAAAGAAAGACAAGGAGAAAGUUUGGAGAAAGACUUAUGCAGACGCGCAGUUUUUUUUACAACCAGCGCUGCCUUUUUGUAGGCAGCCAUAUACGUCGACCACAAGCUGGCAUUUUCAGCUCCCCAACGAGAACAACAUGUUUGUGUGCGAGAAAAAAUAAACUCCUCAGUUCACACUUCAACACAGUAAACAGUGGCGUUAUUUUUUAACUAAAGCUCUGCUGGACUGUAUCUCUCUACAUUUUCUUUGCAGAAUAAGUCAGGGUUUUUUUCACACCACACCAAACCAUGAUGCAAGUCCAUUUUCUUGCGUUAUGUUGUUUUACACCAUUAAUGUGUUUGAUAUGUUACACUUAUUGUCUCAGUGGAUAAACCUGAUAAGACGAUGUCCAGUCUCCAAGACGCUCAUAAAGACUUGUGUCUACUUAAUUAAUUUCUUUAGCAGAUUCUCUUCCUCCUCAUUGGCUUUUAUGAUUUUGAGUUGUAGCUUUUUAAAAAUGACAGUCAGCCCUGUUACUAAAGACUGUCGCUUCAAAUGUCAGUAGAUAGACCUGAAAGUCUGAAACAAGUGUUUGCUGAUAAACCUUUUUGUGUUCGGUUCAUGUUAAGAUAUUACCAUGGUCUCUUCUGUGUGUUAUUUAAUGUUAUGUGACCUUCCAUAGCUUCAGUUGGUUCAUACUCACCACUCACCAAACAUCUCUCAUUACUGUAUUUUGUUCAUUGUUUACCAUGGCCAGUUACGCUUUUAUCUUGUCUUAAAAACACUGAGAGUGUGUGCUAAACGUGGUGCUAAUCAACAACUAUAUUCAUAGAAAGCUGUGCUCUCAGGGACUUUGACCUCAUCUAAAGAGUAAACAUUAUAUUUCAUGUGAUGUGAUUUUAGCUGUGAUGCAUGACAGCCAACGAUCGGGGAGCCUUUUUUUUUUGUUCUCGUCAGCGGUUUUAUCAAAAAUAAUCUGUGCCCAUGUUUAUUUUGUAGUUUAAAGAAAAUUAAGGAAUGACAGUGAUAAGCUUUGUUAGGUGUUUCUAUUGAGGAAAGGUCUGGAUAUUGAGGAUACACACUGGCUGAGUCAGAAGCAAAUUUCAGUUAAAGAACAGAUUACAAUGCAUUCAUUCAUCAUUACUGUGAAUCAAUAAAAGUUCAUCACA